AUGGGCGACAGCGUCGAGGUGAUUGAGGCGGACGUGGCUAACGGCGGCAAUUGGGCCAGAACCGCGAAGGAUUUGUUCGCAGGCGCUGCUGGAGGUGUGGCGCAAGUUUUACUAGGUAAGUCGUCAGAUAUCGUCAAAGUACGCCUCCAGACAUCCUCAAAGUAUCCCAGCGCCGUCUCAUGCGCAAGUUCCAUCCUUCAAAAUGAAGGACCCCUAGCAUUCUACAAGGGGACGCUCACUCCACUGAUCGGAAUUGGAGCAUGUGUGUCUGUUCAGUUCGGGGCGUUCCACUAUGCCCGUCGUGCAUUUGAGGAGCGGAACCUCAAGGCCAACCCAGCAGGUCCGGCUCAGUUAUCGUACGGCCAAUAUUAUCUGGCUGGCGCUUUUGCAGGUCUUACGAACUCUGUCCUGUCGGGCCCUAUCGAACACGUCAGAAUCCGGCUGCAGACGCAACCCCAUGGCGCGGACCGGCUGUACAAUGGACCGGUCGAUUGUGUUAAGAAACUCUCCGCCCAUGAAGGUGUGCUCCGGGGUCUUUAUCGGGGUCAGGCCGUCACACUGUGGCGUGAAGCUCAAGCAUACGGUGUCUGGUUUCUGUCCUUUGAGUAUCUCAUGGCGCUAGACAUGAAACGAAACAAUGUCAAGCGAUCUGAUAUCUCGUCAUACAAGGUCGCAUUCUAUGGCGGAUUGGCAGGUGAGGCACUAUGGAUCGCCAGUUAUCCGUUUGAUGUGGUCAAGAGCAAAAUGCAAAGCGACGGCUUCGGAAAGGACCAGACAUACAAAACCAUGCGAGACUGCUUUUCCCAGACGUGGAAGGCUGAAGGCUGGAGGGGUUUCUGGAGAGGUAUCGGCCCAACCAUGUUCAGGGCCAUGCCUGUCAGUGCAGGGACAUUUGCUGUGUAA